GCUGCUCCUCAGCCCCAAGCCUGCUCCUAUAAAAAUUCCCGCUGGCUCCUGCCAGGCUCCUUCUCAGCCUUCGGAUGUGGGGGGAGAGGAUCCCACCAGCCCUGACCACCGCCACGACCCCGCCCCGGACCUUCGGAACUGGAAGUCACCAGCGCAGCAUCUCUCAGUCGGAGCUGGAGGUGAGCUGGGGCUGCCUGGAUCGCAGGGAAUCCAAACUCCAGCUUCUCCCAGUUGGAGCCUGAGGUGAGCUGGGGCUGCCCGGAUCACAGGAACCCACCGCUGGGACAUUUCCCACUCGGAGAUCAACACCAGUUGGGACUCUCCGGACCACAGGAACCCACCCCUGCAACACCUCCCAGCAGGAGCUCAGCACCAGCUGAGGCUUUCUGAGCCACAGGGACACACCACUGCAGCACCUCCCAGCUGGAGCUCCCCAGGUCACAGGGAUCCAUCACCGGGACACCUCCCAGUCAGGUCUCAGCACCAGCUGGGGACUCUCCAGACCACAGGGACCCACCACUGCAACACUUCCCGGUUGGAGUUCAACACCAGCACGGCGGGGACCCACCACUGGGACACCUCUCAGUUGGAGCCUGAGGUGAGACGGGGCCCCCCCAGACCGCAGGGAUCCAUCACCACAACACUCCAAGUCAGGGCUUCUUGGAUCCCGUCUAGGGAAGCAGCAUGAGCACCUGGAGCUGAGGAGAAGGAGGCUGGAAGAGGAAGAGCAAGUCAGCAGCAGCAGGUGGAGGUCACCAGAGGAGGUCAGCAGGAUCAAGGAGGUUGGUGGAGGAGGAGGUUGGCAAGAGCAAAAAGGUUGGUAGAAGAGGAGAAGGAGGAGGAGGAAGAGGAGGUCGGCAAAAGCAAGGAGGAGGUCGACAGAGCAGGAGAAGGUCGGUGAGAGCAAAGAGGUCAGCAGAGGAGAUUGGCAAGAGCAAGAAGGUCGGCAGAGGAGGAGGAGAAAGGGGAGGAGGAGGUCACCAAGAGCAAGAAGGUCGGCAGAGGAGGAGGAGGCUGGCAGAGGAGAUCAGCAAGAGCAAUUAGAAGGUUGGCAAGCGCAAGGAGAUCGGCAGAGGACAUCUGUGCGAGCAAGGAGAAGGUCGGCAGGAGCAGGAGGAGGUCGGCCAGAGCGAGGGGGGUCUGCAGAGGAGCUCGGCAAGAGCAGGAGGAGGUCGGCAGAGCAAAGGGGUCUGCAGAGGAGCUCGGCAGGAGCAGGAGCAGGUCGGCCAGAGCAAGGGGGUCGGCAGAGGAGCUCGGCAAGAGCAGGAGGAGGUCGACAGAGCAAGGGGGUCGGCAGAGGAGCUCGGCAGGAGCCCAUCAGAGGCGGGAGGAGCUGCAGCGGCAGCAGGGGGCCGCUCCCCGGAGCAUGUCCUUCGCCAUGCUGCGCUCGGCGCCCAGCCGCUACCUGUACCCCGAGAUCAGCAUGCUGUCGGAGGACGAGGAGAACGGCAGCGAGAGCUCGGGCUCGGAGGAGAAACCCUACCACCACCACCACCAUCACCACCACCACCACCACCACCACCUGGACAGCGAAGGCUACGGCGACGACCUGAAGGGCGGCAAGCGCCGCGGGGCCAAGAAGGGCGGCAGCAGGCUGAGCAGGGAGCCGCGGCAGCGGCACACGGCCAACGCGCGGGAGCGGGACCGCACCAACAGCGUCAACACCGCCUUCACCGCGCUGCGCACCCUCAUCCCCACCGAGCCCGCCGACAGGAAGCUCUCCAAGAUAGAGACCCUGCGCCUGGCCUCCAGCUACAUCUCCCACCUGGGCAACGUCCUGCUGCUGGGCGAAGCCUGCGGGGACGGGCAGCCCUGCCACACCACCCCCACCUUCUACCACCACGGCGGCGGCAACGGCGGCAGCCCCGCAGGGCGCGACGCCGACAGCUCCCAGCCCAAACAGAUCUGCACCUUCUGCCUCAGCAACCAGAGGAAGCUGCAGGUCCAAAUCUGCUGCCUAAGGGCCCCAGGAGCCAACCAGGAAUGUGGCAAGAAGGAGCUGGUGGAAAGGAGAAAGGUUGAAAGGGAAAAGCCUCCUGGGAGUAAAGACCGGGACAGGAAGACAGCGAUCCGGAGCUAGAGGAGGAUCCCUUGGGAAGGAGGAGGAGGAAGGAUGGAAAAAGCCACACGCACCAAAGCCACCACAGCUCAGAGACACUUCUGCCCUCACCCCUGGCUCUGAGGGGCAGCUCAUGGACCCUGGGGGGACUCUGUGGUGAGGGUGAUGCGGUGACUGACAGUGGCACGGUGACAUGGUGACGUGGAUGGACACUGCUGGAAGGGGAAGGACCUUCUAGGGGGCUCCAUGGAAAGGGGAGAGCUGGCACUUGGACCUGCCCUGUCCCAGGCUGCCUCCAGUAGCACUGGGGAAACCACUAAAGGGCAAGAGCUGGCUCCCCCAGUGCCCUUCCAGUUCGGAACUGGGAGCCCUGGGGGGCACUCGCGGGCAUCUGUCACCGGCACAAGCGACAGCAAAGCCUGAGAGAUCCUGACAUUAAAGGGGAGAUGGCUCUGAGCACGGAGGGAUCUGGCUGGUCAGAGAGGACUCACAGGGGUCAGAGGGGCAGAGAGGGCCAGAGAGGGAUCAAGCCACCAGCAGGUGAUUGAGCCACCCGUGGAUCAGGCUGGUCAGUGAGAGACUGAGUUGGUCAGCAAGUGACUGAGUGGGUCAGAAAGUGGCCAAGCAAUUGACCUGCUCAACAAGUGAUCAAGCAAGUCAGAAAGUGAUCGAGUGGGUCAGUGAGCAACUGCUCUGCUCAACAAGUGCUCAGGUGUGUCAGUGAGCCCCUGCUGGCCGCUGCCCCCCAGGUGUUGGGUUCUGCCCAUCCCUGCCCUGCUCCUGCUGGCCACACGAGGGCUGAUCCGGGCCAGGCUGCUGGUCGGACCUUCUCUUGGCAUCAAGGUGGUCAAGGUGACAGCCCCCAGGAGCAGCAGAUUCCCAGCUCGGGAGGCUGUUUCUGCUCUGUGGGCAUCAGCAGCCACGGAGUGGUGCUGGGCUGGUGGAGCCUGGCCAGGAGCAGAUUUUCCACCGCAUAUUUGCUGGCUGAGGUCAGAGGUAGCUCCAGGAUCUGCAUGUCUGGCCACGGCCAGGAUGUGCUGCUGGAUGAGGACAUGGAGCUGCAAGUCUUGGUCAGGCUCCCACCAGCCUGAUGCUGCCAGCUCCAGGCACUGCUCUUCCCCUCCUGAUUCCUGCUCCAUUCCAGCUCCUGCCUUCAGUGUCUGGGAUGUCUCCUGGAGCUGGGCCAGGAGCUCCAGGAGUGAGGUCCAGCUGCUGCUGGAGAUGGAGGAAGGACUAGAGGACUUGGGGAGCUGACCAGCCAGCCCUUGCUAUGCUCCACACCUUCUGUUACCUGAGAUAAAUACCCCUGAAUGCCCCAAUCCCAGCCUGGUGGGGUGGGAAGGGACUUCUGGAGCUCACCCAAGGCAAGCCCUCUGCUCCAGCACAGGUGCCCAGAGUCACAGUGGCCAGGUAGCUCUUCAGAGGAGACUUCACAACCUCUCUAGGCAGUCUGCUCUGGGGUUCUGAACCCUUCCAAGCUAAGAGGCUUUUCCUCAUCUUCUGCUCACCAUGUCCAGCCCAGCUUUCCAGACCAAUCUAAAAGCUGUUGGUCCCCUUGGUCCAUGUGACAGCUGAGAACCAUGGAAUCAAGGAAAGGCUCGUGGAGACCAAUCAGGGCCCCAGCACUGCCAGGGCACCACCAACCCAUGGCCCUCAGCUCCAUGGCUUGCAAGCCCCUCCAGGCAUGAGCACUCCACCACUGCCCUGGGCAGCCUGGGCCAGACUGCACAAGCCUCAAGGGGCACAAAUUGUUCCUCCAGCCCAACCCCUACAGUCAGCAGGGACAUCUCCAACCACAGCAGGUUGCUCACAGCCCCAGCUAAGCUGCCCUGCAGUGCUUCCAGGCAUGGGACACCUCCCACCUCUCUGGGCAGCCUGGGCCAGGCUCUGCCCACCCUCCCAGGGCAGAAUUUCUUUCUCAUCUCCAGGCUCCAUCUCCCUCUUCCAGGUCAAACCCAGCAUGCCAGGUCCCACCACAACACCUCCUGAGGAAGGUCCCUCCCAGCUCUCCCAGAGCCCCCCUGGAGUUCUGGAGUGCCAGCAGAAGGUCUCCCUGGGUCCUUCUCUUCUCUGAGCUGAACCUCCCCCAACUCUCUCAGCCUGGCCUCACAGGACAGGGCUUCCAGCCCUUGGGAACCUCGGAGCUGGGUUUUGAUGGCUGCGGGACCUCCAGCCCCUGCAGCAGGCCCCUUCUUGUCCCCUCACCCCGCUGCCACCACUCCUGAUCACUUCCAGACACAUUCCAGGCCCUUCUGGCAGCACCUGCAGCUGGUGGAGCCUCUCAGAUCCUGCAGGUGCCACUGAUGAGGGUGGCCAUAAAGUUUCUGAGCUCUUGGAGAAGAAAGGGAAAGCCUCUUUGAAGGCACCUUUAAGGGAGCUGCAGAACCGGAGGUGCCCUGGGCAAGCUGCCAGGCUUGGGCAGCUGUGGGGUAGGGGAACCUGGGCACAUCCUGCCCAUCCCUGCCCCUCCCCCAGCAAUGCUGGGAAACUGGGAACAGUGAUGGAAGAGCUGGGAGAGAUGGAGAGACAAAUGCACCAUGAGCCAGCAAGGUAGCCAAGGCUGAGAGUCUCUUGGGGACACGCAGCAGUGUGGCCAGGCUGCAGAGCUGGGGCCAGUGCUGGCUCCACACUUCAGCACAGCCUGGGAGCUGCUGCAGAGAGCCCAGGGCAGGCUGGGAAGCUGCUGAGAAGACUCUGAGCAGAGAAGGCUGAGGGGCCUGGGGCUGAUUAGCCUGGGCAGGAGAGAACUCAGAGGGGAUCUUCUCACAUCUGCAGAGUGUGGGGCAAGAGGCUGGGGCCAGACUCUUCCCAGUGGGGCCCAGGGACAGGCCAAGGGGCACCAGGCACGAACUGGAAGCCAGGAGGUUCCCUCAGGAGCAGCCUCUUGGCUUGGAGGGUUGCAAGGCCUGGGGCAGGCUGUGCAGAGAGGUUGUGGAGUCUCCUUGUCUGGAGAGCUGGCACAGGCAGCUGGGCACUGGGAUGCUGGGCACCUGCUGUGGGUGACCCUGCUGGAGCAGGA